GCUCCGCCCGCCCGGGCACCCGGCGCUCCGGCAGCAGGGGGCGGCUGGCCGCUGUGCCAUGCGGGGCCGCUCCCGCCUCCUCCCCGCCAGUCCCGCGGCAGGUGCCCGCGGCGCAGCCCGGUCCCCCGCCGGCUCUGCCCUGCGCCCGCAGCCCGGCCUCCCCGGGGAGCUGCCGUGCGGGGCGCGGCGGGCGCCUUGCGGACCAGGAAAAUGGGAGCCAUUACUGCAGUGUGACCAGUGUUCCCGAGUGACCAGCUAAGAUCCCUGUGGGAGGAAGGAGAAGAACAACAUGGAUGGGCUCCUUGAACAGACCAGUGUGUUAAUGCACAGUAAAAUCGCUGAAGCUGGGAAAAAGAAUGGCUUAAUUAACACCAGGAACUUAAUGGCGGAGAACAGAGAUGGCCUGGUCUCUGUGUACCCAGCCCCACAGUACCAGAGCCACAUCGUGGGGAAUCUCGCUGCUCAAAGCAGGAACGACCCGGUGCAGCAGCUGCUGGACCCCAAUACGCUCCAACAGACCGUGGAGUCCCACUACCGCCCCAACAUCAUCCUCUACUCGGAGAACGUGCUGCGCUCCUGGGGGGAGAGCGUGAGUGCCGAGUGCUGCGAGACCACCUUCAUCGAGGACCGCUCCCCCACCAAGGACAGCCUGGAGUACCCCGACAGCAAAUUCAUCGACCUCUCCGGUGACGACAUCAAGAUCCACACCCUCUCCUAUGACGUGGAGGAAGACGAGGAUUUCCAGGAGCUGGAGAGCGACUACUCGAGUGACACAGAGAGUGAAGACAAUUUCCUCAUGAUGCCCCCAAGGGAUCAUCUCGGCCUCAGCGUAUUCUCCAUGCUGUGCUGCUUUUGGCCGCUGGGAAUUGCUGCCUUUUAUUUGUCGCACGAGACGAACAAAGCAGUGGCCAAGGGAGACUUCCACCAAGCAAGCUCCAGCUCCCGGCGAGCACUCUUCUUGGCCGUGCUGUCAAUCACGAUUGGAACUGGCAUCUAUGUGGGGGUUGCCGUGGCGCUGAUCGCUUACCUGUCCAAGAACAACCACUUGUGAGGCUCAGGAGAGAGGAAGAACCACCUGUGCAGCUCUCUGCAGUGCAGAAAACCACAGCUGCUCGGACGCCCAUGAGACACACAUGCUGGUGCUGGAUACUGGAAAGACAGGAAAGUGGGUUGAUGGUUUAUGGUGCACACAUCCUGCAUCUUUUCAUCCUCCAACUCUUCUUUGUUUUACGCAACACUGUGUUAAAAGAAUCUCGCUCCUACUGGUGAACUAGAACUUUGCCCCCACCGCUGGUUUGCCCUGGCUUGCUAGUUAAUCCGUUAGUCUGCGCUGCACUGAACGCUACGGGAGCACACUCAGCUACUGGUUCUUAGAGGAGCGAGUCCUGACACGGAAGGUUUUUCUUUGGACGGUAGGACGCGUUUGCUGAAGGGUGAGCUAGAGGCCUCAGCAUAGAGUGUUGCCUAAUCUUCUUGCAUUCAGUAGGCUACCGUAAGACGAAAAAAGAGAAAAUGAUUUUCCUUUCCUGCUCUUGGUUCAUUUUAAAAUGAAACUAAUGGGGUGGGGCCAUGCCUAGCGACAGCUACGCACAUACACGCUCAGUGCACGGAACGUGACGUUAGUCUAGCAUGGGAUCUGUUGUAAAAUUAAUCCUUCACGGCAGUCAUGCUGCGUGAGUGACGCUCCUGAAACACGUAACGCAGGCAGGCAGCCUCCGCCUCCCUCAGGGGACUGUGCAGCAGCUAAAUACGAUCAACCCUCGGCAAUAUAUCCUGGGCAAGCGGGGAACUAACAAAGGGAAGGACCACUUUGUAGCCCACCCCGGGGCAGACUCGGACACAGAACAGCAAAGGAGGGCACUCAAAGUCCAACAUCCUGGCACCCCAGCUCAUUCCUAGAAAUCCUGCCCAGCUGCCCCCGAUAGACAACUGAAGUGGUGCACUGUGAAGGAACUAAACAUUGUCCUCAUUUCACUGGCCACAAUAAGAGGCUUGUUUGCUUUCUGACACCCCCACCCCCACCUUUUCUUUUUCAAAUCUAGCAUUUCUUUCAAGGGAGUGGGUUGACCGGAGUGCUAUAUGUAUAUAAUAAUGUUGAAACAUUGAUCAUUGCAAAUGGCUGUUUUAAUAUUCAUUCAUUUGGGUUCUGUCAGCA